GUACAACCAAAACAUUCACAACUGAAGUUUCAUGAAAAAUAAUUGAUAAAUUGUAUUUAGAUUCAUCAUAGUAAACAGGGCUAUGUUUGAUGUGACUACUUCCAUCUUCAAAUAGCCUAAUUAAGUUUCUAAAAGUCAUAAUAGGCCUGGGUGGCACUACUUCAGAAUCAGGGGUGGGGAACCAUUUUUGUUCAAGGGCCACUUUAUGAAGUCCUCCAAGGGCCGUACUAAAACCAACCAGGAUCUCCUCCUGCACUUUAGGCCUAUAUUGAAGGUGGGAACCUUUACAACACCCACCUUCACUAGGUCCCCUGAAAAUAUAACCUAAUUGUAUUGCAAAUGUAUAGCAAAUUGUAUUGCAAAUGUAAUUUUAUGUGAAACUGCAGGACAUUCAAAUAUGUCAGGGCCGAGUAAGAUGGCCUCAGGGGCCGUAAAUGGCCCUCGAACCUCCCCACCCUACACUACUUGGAAACACCAUGCAGGCGGCUCUCUGUCUAAAGUAGGAGGCUGGCGCCCUCUUUUGUUGCAAGUUCGAAAAUGCUCUUGAUAGUGGCGUUAGAAAUUAGUUGGCCUGCUGAGAUAGGCCAGGGCGGCUGGCCUUGAAAAUGAAUGAAUGAAUGAAUGAAUGAAUGAAUGAAUGACCGGUAUAGCCUAUUGUAAGCCAUUACUUCUGAUAGGCCCUUAGCAUUAGGCCUAUCCUACCACCACAGUCCUAGGUGCAGCUCCAAGACGCUCCAACCUGACUGAAAAUAUACCACCACAGUCCUAGGUGCAGCUCCAAGACGGUCCAACCUGACUGAAAAUAUAGGGCAACAUAGUAGGCUAAAUGAUAAAAAAAAACCAUGAAAUGAUUAAUAGUAAAUGGGCAAAAUGAGUUGUACAACCUACAAAAGGUGUAAUUUCCAUUGAUGGUAUAAUAUAACUCAAUGGUAAUUUCAGACAUUCUCAAUGGUAAUUUCAGAUAGGCCUAGGCCUGCUGAAGCAUUUUUGUAUAGUUUUGCAGGUUAGUCUCUUGCCUCUGAUGUAUAGGGGCUAUUCUAAGCUGCUACCAUCUUGUCUUAUGAGGUUUCAUAAUUGACUAAUGCCAGCAUGCUCUUGUUUUUUUGCAGAGACUUGACAGAUUUUCAAUUUCUUAUGCAUCUCGAUUUUUACACCAUGUACGUGGUGAAAUUACUCACAGUGAAAUAAAUGGCAUGUCUCGCACAUUCAAUUUAAUACAAGCAACAGUUCUAACUGCGCCCACUGUUUUCCUCAGACUCCUCCUUUCCUGUGCACGGUACGUGCCCUGCGUCACUGGGUUUCUUUUCUGUACACCACCAGACACAUCCAGAGACCAGGGAUAUGGCUCCGUAGAACUGCACAUGGCGUACAGAAGCCAUGAACCAAAAAAGAACUCACCAAAAACAAUAAAUGCAUCCGCCGCAACCUGAUUUGAUUCAUUUCGGAUUCCACUAUUCCAAAAACCAACAGUAAUUUCCAGUUUUUAUCUUUCUUUUUUGCAGUGUCAGGGGAAGCUGUUUGCAACUCUCCAUAUUUUACCAGCUACUUUACCCGUUUAGUAACCGGUCCGUUUGAUUUAUUUUCUUGUCCAAACAUCAUGGGUGUGCAAGGUUUCCAAGAGUAUAUUGAAAAGCACUGCCCGAAUGCUGUCGUACCGGUGGAACUCCAGAAGCUUGCUCGGGGUAGCUUGGUCGGAGGCGGCAGGCAGAGACCGCCUCAAAGUCCGCUCAGGCUUCUAGUUGAUGCCGAGAAUUGCCUCCACCGGCUUUACGGUGGCUUCUACACCGACUGGGUGAGUGGAGGCCAAUGGAACCACAUGCUUGGCUACUUGGCUGCCCUUGCCAAGGCCUGCUUUAACGGGAACAUAGAGCUCUUGGUGUGUUUCAAUGGCGCCCUGGAGAAAGGCCGUCUUCACGAAUGGGUCAAGCGACAGGUGAACGAGAGACAGACAGCACAGCAGAUAAUCAGUCACGUCCAGAAUAAAGGCACCCCACCACCAAAGGUUUGGUUCCUGCCUCCAGUAUGCAUGGCCCACUGUAUCCGACUGGCCCUCCUCAGGUUCCACAUUGGGGUUGUCCAGAGCAUCGAGGACCAUCAUCAAGAAGUGAUCGCCUUAUGCAGAGAGAACGGCUUCCACGGCCUGGUGGCCUACGACUCCGACUAUGCCCUCUGCAACAUCCCCUACUACUUCAGUGCCCACGCCCUCAAGCUCAGCCGCAACGGCAAGAGCCUCACCACAAGCCAGUACCUGAUGCACGAAGUUGCUAAGCAGCUCGAUCUCAACCCCAACCGUUUUGUCAUAUUCGCAUCGCUCUUAGGUAAUCACAUAUUGCCUGAUGAAGACUUGGCUGCCUUCCACUGGAAUCUGCUCGGUCCAGAACACCCCUUGGCCUCACUCAAGGUACGUGCUCACCAGUUGGUGUUGCCGCCCUGUGACGUGGUCAUCAGGGCCGUGGCAGAUUACGUCCGCAACAUGAAGGACGUUAACGACCUGGAGGCCAUCUCAAAAGACAUCUUCAAACACUCACAGUCCAGAACCGACGAUAAGGUGAUUCGAUUCAAGAAGGCUGUGGAGUACUACUCGACUGCCAGCAAGCCUCCUCCCCACUUUCCCCCUUAUUUAGCCAGACCAAAUCAGAUUGGAGUGCCCGCUGCCGUGCCACAAUGCGCACCUCCACCAAUGCUCAACAUUCCACAGGCUCCCCUUCCCAUCAAACCUGGGGUCCAGCAUGCCUUCUCCACUCCGCUGGCCGAGCCCGGCUCCUUCCCCAUGGACGCGGUUGGGGCGAAGGUCCUCCGGGAUCAGAACCCGACCCAGAACCAGAACAGCUUCGGCAACAUUCCUCACCAAGGCAGCAAGCAGCACACGCCACUGUACGAGCGCUCGUCUCCCAUCAACCCGGGCCACGCCGGGGGCGGAGGAGGCAGCGGCAGCGCGGGGAGCGACAGCCCCAACAAUCACUCGGAGCCGGCCUUCUUCAACACCUCCUCCACCUCCUCCUCCUCCGAGAACGACGACACUAGCGGCACCACUGCCAAUCAUCUAAACGACCACAAAGGAUGGGAGAAACAAGGAAGUCAGACCGAUGGCUUACCAGAGGGAGACGCCGUGGAUCAAAUCAAAUCUGAGCCUGGUGUGACCUCCCCUCUGAGCCCGGAGCUGGACGGGGUGAUCCCCAACUCCGCCAUCCCCUCGCUGCUCUCCAUGCCGACCAGAAACCACAUGGACAUCACCACGCCGCCACUGCCCACCGUGGCCCCAGAGGUGCUGCGCGUGGCCGAGCACCGCCACAAGAAGGGCCUCAUGUACCCCUACAUCUACCACGUCCUCACCAAGGGAGAGAUAAAGAUCUCUGUGAGCAUCGAGGACGAGGGGAACAAGGAGCUGCCGUCGGCGGUGCAGCUGUUCCGGCCCAUCCGGCAGUAUGUUUACGGAGUCCUCUUCAGCCUGGCCGAGGCCAACAAGAAGCAGGAGAGGCUCGCCGUCAGGAGGAACCGCCUGCCGGAAUACCAGCCAGUGAUUAUCAAGGAGUGGGCGGCGUACAAGGGCAAGUCUCCGCACACGCCGGAGCUGGUGGAGGCGCUGUCCUUCCGCGAGUGGACGUGCCCCAACCUGAAGCGGCUGUGGCUGGGCAAGGCCGUGGAGGACAAGAACCGCCGCAUGCGCGCCUACCUGGCCUGCAUGCGCUCCGACACGCCCGCCAUGCUCAACCCUGCCAACGUGCCCACCCAGCUCCUGGUGCUCUGCUGUGUCCUGCGGUUUAUGUUACAAUGGCCAGGAGUAAGACUUUUGCGUCGUAACGAACUAGACGCUUUCCUAGCCCAAGCACUUUCUCCUAAACUUUACGAACCUGACCAGCUGCAGGAACUGAAGAUCGACAACCUGGACCCGCGCGGAGUGCAGCUGGCCGCGCUCUUCAUGAGCGGCGUGGACAUGGCGCUGUUUGCCAACGACGUGUGCGGCCAGCCCAUCCCCUGGGAACACUGCUGCCCCUGGAUGUACUUUGACGGCAAGCUGCUGCAGAGCAAGCUCAUCAGGGCCAACCGGGACAAGGCCCCACUCAUCGACCUCUGUGACGGUCAGACUGAACUAGUGGCUAAGGUGGAGAAGAUGAGGCAGAGCAUCCUGGAGGGCCUCAACUUCUCCCGGCCUCCUCCGCACCCAGUGCCCUUCCCCCCGCCCCCUCCCCCGCCGCACGCCAUGCCUUUCUACCCGCCUCCUCCUCCUCCUCCAGGCGCUGGCUUCUACCCCCCACCACCCAUGCCACCACCUCCGGGCCGGGGCCGUGGCCUGCCCGCAGCCCGUUUGACCAGACCGUUUUGCUCCUUUACCCCUCCAGGGUUUCAGGGCUUGUCCUCGCAGGGCGGCAAGCUGGAGAUAGCCGGCACGGUGGUGGGCCAGUGGGCAGGCAGCCGGCGGGGCAGGGGCCGAGGAGGAGGAUCCAUGCCCAUCCAGGUGGUGUCCGUGGGGGGGCCCAACAGAGGACGACCCAGAGGAGUUAUCUCCACGCCGGUGAUCCGGACCUUUGGUCGCGGAGCCAAAUACCACGCCAGAGGCUUCAAGAGUCAGGGAUCAUAUCAGAGCAAGCCUGCAUACACCGCCUCCUCCUCCUCCACAGCCAAUGACACCACAGCCAAGGAGCGCAAGAAGCCCAGCAACAAGGCAGAGGAGGCCAAACCAGCCGUGGCCACACCUGCACCGGCAUCCGCCCCCACACCUAAAGCGGCAUCCGCACCCAAACCUGCAGCCAAACCCGCUGUAUCGCCGGAGAGCUCGGUGGCCGAGAACGGGCUGGAGGCACGGGACGGAGACGGACCCAGUGUCGGGGCAGAAGCCGAGCAGCUCAACGGCAAAGCGGACGACGAUGGCGGCAGUGCCACCUCCACCAGCGAGGCCAUCGAGUCCAGCCCAGCCGAAAGUGCCUUCAGCAGUGACUCUAAGAUGUGCAAUACUAAUCCUCACUUAAAUGCACUAAACACAGACGGCGAGGUGGCCCUUCGAGACGAGGGCCCCGCCGUCUUGAAAACAGAAGAGUGAAAAUACAAACAGAAAACCUAUUUUUAUAGAGAGGGUGAAGGAUGGAUGGAGGGGGGGAGGGUUCAGAGUUAGGUUAGGAAUAUCUGGAAGGAUGGGAAAGGCUGCAGUUGGAAUUGCAUAAUUUUUCCUCUUGAAACAAGAUAGAAAAAAACACAAGAUAAGAGAAUGUGAGGACUUAAAUGAUGAUGAAAAUUGAAAAUGAAAAUCCCUCUUUCACUGUCAGCAAGUAAAACAUGAGCUACGAUGACUUUUCUUGGUUUAGUAACAAAAUGACAAAAUCUACCAGGUCUAUAGGAAAUACAACCAGUAACAUGGAGUAGAACACCAAAACCGCUCCCAACUUACUGAUAUCUACAUGUCUCACUGGUUACACAGACAUUUUAUGUUUAAAUUUCUUUGAUUUCUCUUGACGUACUGAAGCUGAAGAUCGACUUCUCAUUUGGCAGUCUGAAAGACAUAGUUUGAGAGAGUUUUUCAGUACGUGGCACCAUAUAUAUUUGCCAUUGUAAUUGAUUUUGUCACAAUAAAAGCUUUUUUUUUGACAAGGUAAACUUACGAAGGAAAGGCAAAAAAGAAAACUACACUGAAACAUUUCUCACAUUGAUCACCAUUGUGGGUUUUAUUUUGUUUUAAAAAAUGUGCAGAAAGUUUUUAAAACUUUAAGUAAAUGUAGGUUAAAUACAGCAUCUUAAGUUCAGAUGGAUUCAUCGACAUAACUUUUAGGUCUAUAAGUAACAUGUCAAGAAACGUUCUUUUCGAAACUUAAAAUCACGCAGAGAUGCAAAGUUAUCGAUAAAUAAAAGAGAUAAAAAACAAUAUAGGUUUUUCUUUUGAUGUGUGUCCAAACUUUAUCCAUGCAUCUGUGAUCAUUGAGCAACGUGGUUUCUUGAAUCGGAUGUAGAACCUUAGUACUACUGUUUCAGCUAAACUCUGCAUGGUUCACAAUUUAAAAACGGUGUGUAGUUAUGCAUGUUUGUCCUUUUUCUCCCAUCUCUACAAGUCCUGUGCCCAUUUGCAAAAUUUAAAAAAAGGCAGAUAAUCGGUAAUAGUCCUAUGAAAAGGUGUUAACUGUUUUAGUCUGUAACUGAUUUGCUCUAACCUUUAAAAUUUUGUGGGUUUUUUGACCUCUGUUGCAUUUAAUCAAAACAAAAAAAGUUACAAAAAAGUUUAUCUAGCCACUUUUAAAUAUUGUUAACCCUGGUGUACUCAUAACUGUAUACAUUAUUGUUCUCUGUUGCUGUUUUCUGCAUUCAUAUUAGCACAUCUCUCUGGGAAAAAAAGUUAACAAAAACCUCAGAAAAAAAGCUUUGAUCUUUAAAAGACCCCCCUUUCUCUUUCGUAGCUGGAAUCGAGUUGGCCACAUGCUUGAUCCCACCAUUCAGAAUAUUAGCAUAAGCGAGUAAACCUGUAAUCAUUUUCAAUGUUUACUUUUAGUGUUUUUGAAGCGAAAAAAAGAGAGAGAUUCUUAUUGUACGUUUAAAAUGAGAAUCAUUACUUAACUUUUCUCCAUCUAAUCCUCCUGAUGCUUUUCAUUGCACAUUAGUGGUCAGAAAUAUGGUGUACUUCCCAGUCCCCAGCCCGCAAGACUAAAUAGGUUACCUUGAUGUAAGUUGAUGGGAGUUUCUUCCUAACUCAUGGAUUGUACAAGAAUGAACUACUGUUGGGGUUUGAGUGAUUGUUGAUGGAUUGUGGUGUGGUGUUAUUUGAAGGAAAUUGAAUGCAACUUACAAUGCUUAAUAAAAGUCUUUAUUCUUUUAGUAUAA